ACUGGAGUUUGGUUCUCGAGGCGGCGGCAGCGGCGGCGGCGGCUCCGGCGGCUCCUCCUCCUCCUUCGGUGGCGGCGGCGGCCCGGGCCCGACCCCCGGCCCCGGCUCCCCUCUCCGCCACCCCGCGCGCCCCCACCUACCCCGGCGCCGCGGGGAACAUGCGGCUCCGCUCCCGGAGGCCGGAGAGUGAGUGACCCCCGUCCCCCGCCUCAGCCCGCCCGCCCGCUGGCCCGGCCGCUCCCCCCCGCCUCGCCCAGGCAAUGACAGCGGCUCCGGCGUCUCCGCAGCAGAUCAGGGACCGGCUGCUGCAGGCCAUCGACUCCCAGAGCAACAUCCGGAACAUGGUGGCGGUGUUGGAAGUCAUCUCCAGCCUGGAGAGAUACCCCAUUACCAAAGAGGCACUGGAGGAAACACGACUUGGGAAGCUCAUCAACGACGUCCGUAAAAAAACCAAGAACGAGGAGCUCGCCAAGCGGGCAAAGAAGCUGCUGCGCAGCUGGCAGAAGCUCAUUGAGCCAGUGCACCAAAAUGAGGCAGCGCUGCGGGGGCUGGCCGGGGCCGCUGGCUCAGCCAAUGGGGGUGCCCACAACUGCCGGCCAGAGGCGGGGACGGCUGGCACACCCAAGAGCAUCCAUGACCUGAAGAACCGCAACGACAUCCAGAGGCUGCCUGGGCAACGGCUGGACAGGCUGGGCAGCCGCAAGCGCCGGGGGGACCAGCGUGACCUUGGACACCCUGGGCCACCUCCCAAGGUUUCCAAAGCUACUCAUGACCCCCUAGUCCCCAACUCAUCCCCACUCCCCACCAAUGGGAUCAGUGGGAGCCCAGAGAGCUUCCCCAGCCCCCUGGAUGGCAGUGGGCACUCGGGCUCUGAAGGCAGCCGCCUGGAGCCCAGCGAGAACGACAAGCACAGCAGCAAGAUCCCUGUCAAUGCCGUGCGGCCGCAUACCAGCUCCCCAAGCCUGGGCAAGUCCCCUGGACCCUGCUUGCAGACAAAGGCUUCAGUGCUGCAGCAGCUGGACAGGGUGGACGAGACUCCAGGCCCUCCCCACCCCAGGGCUCCCCCGCGCUGCUCUUUCAGCCCCCGGAACUCACGGCAUGAGGGCUCCUUUGCCCGGCAGCGGAGCCCAUAUGCACCCAAGGGCUCUGUGCCCAGCCCCUCACCACGGCCCCAGUCGCUCGAUGCUACACAGGUGCCAUCACCGCUUCCACUGGCCCAGCCAUCCACACCGCCUGUGCGGAGGCUAGAGCUGCUCCCCAGCACGGACAGCCCUGUGCGCUGGCUGGAGCAGUCUGAGGGCCACCAGCGGCUGGUGGGGCCAGGCUGCAAGGCAGGGCUGCUUCCAGCUGAAUCCCUCCUGUCACGGGCGGGUUUCUCCCCAGACUCCUCUAAGGCAGACAGCGAUGCUGCUUCCUCCGGUGGCUCGGACAAUAAAAAGAAAAAGAGGUACCGACCUCGAGACUACACGGUUAACUUGGACGGGCAAAUGGCUGAGGCGGGCGUCAAGCCCGUCCGGUUAAAAGAGCGGAAGCUCACCUUUGACCCCAUGACAAGACAGAUCAAACCUCUGACCCAGAAAGAGCCAGUGCGGGCAGACAGCCCUGUGCACACAGAGCAGCCACCUAGGACAGAACUGGAUAAGCAGGAGGCCAAGGCUAGCCUCCAAAGCCCCUUUGAGCAGACGAACUGGAAGGAGCUGUCGCGCAACGAGAUCAUACAGUCCUACCUGAGCAGGCAGAGCAGCCUGCUCUCGUCAUCAGGCGCACAGACCCCAGGGGCUCACCACUUUAUGUCUGAAUACCUGAAGCAGGAGGAGAGCACCAGGCGAGGGGCCAGGCAGCCACAUGUGCUGGUGCCUCAUGGGCCGCCCACGGACCUUCCCGGGCUGAGCCGAGAGGUAACACAGGACGAUCUUGACAGAAUCCAGGCCCACCAGUGGCCAGGGGUGAACGGGUGUCAGGACACACAGGGUAACUGGUAUGACUGGACGCAGUGCAUAUCACUCGACCCGCACGGUGACGACGGGCGGUUGAACGUUCUGCCUUAUGUCUGCUUGGACUGACAGGCCCGUUGGCCACAAAGUGCAUUCCCACCUUGCAGUAGCCAGGGCAGGCGGGUGGCUGGGCCCAGCUGCCUCCAGCAGUUGGCAACCCGGGAAGUCCAGUCCAGGUGGGAGGGAGGGGGCGGGAGUCACGCGGUCUCUGCGCUCUUCCCUCCAAACUCCUCCUUUUGUGAAAUGCUGCUACCAGUUUACUAACAAAAUUGAAAAGGAAGGACCGCGCAGAAGGAAGGACGGCAAAGUGAGUUCAGAACUCUAUAGCAAACCAGCUAUAAAAAGCGUUAGUCCCCUAUCCCGGAAGAGGUGCAGACACUCUCCAGCACCUGAACACUGGGACCUCAGUUGCAGGCAGGCACAGGAGAGGUUACGUUUAACACAGCGACAGAUGUAUGCAUCUCAUCUCUGUAUUUUCUGUUCUUUGAUUUAGCCCAGUGUCUGUGAGACAGCGGGUUGCACCUCAGCCUGUGUUCGCACCCCACCCAGCCACUGGCCAGCCAGUGUUUUCCAUCAUGCGCUGGAAGCUUCUUGGCUGUGGCGAGCCACUGGCAACAUGCAGGCCGGCCAAAGGGCCAGCUAGCUUAACCCACACUCCACGGGCAUCCACCCAUUUGUAUCUGGUUUCAGUUAAAACCCAGUUCUUAAAGAAAUGCUGCAGAAAUUUAAGUUUUCUUGAGUUUAUUUUCAUCCUUUAUUCCUUCUGACCACUAGCCAAAUAAAUUUCCUUUCCUUCUCCCUUUUCUUUUUCCUUCCUAUGCAUAUCUAGAAAAUUUCACCUUUCUGGAGCGCCCCCCCCCCCCCCAAAAAAAAAAAA